AAUGAUAAUUGCUCUCAUCCAUGUAGAUCAGACGAAACUCAUCAUCAUAAAAAGCCUUACAAACCUCUUCAUCUUCAUCUUGACACGGAGGUUAGGAAAGGAAAGUUUGUAAAUGUGUGUACCGAUAUCUUAACAGUGUAACCAUGGUUUCAAUACGUAUUUUAUAAUGGAUAUAUAUUUAAACGGGUUUUUUUAAAGAACAUUACUUCGUUUACUAUGUGUUCUUCCAGUUGACAGAUCUAUUGGUAUAUGGUGCAGAUCCUUUGUUAUCGUGUAAGAAUGGUCAGGAUCAAUAUAAAAAUAUUUUUGUUUUCGCUAAAAAAACAUUGAGCGAAAUGGAAAAUGGCCCCCAAGUCAAUACUCAAGAUAGCAAAAGUAAGAAACCUGAAAAGCCGAAAAAGGAUGAAAAGCUGUCCACAAAAUCUAUUGGAAAAAUGGUAACAGACGACAAAGAAGAUUAUAAGCAAGCUAUAGAACUCGUAACGGAGUGUGCGAGGCUUGUACAUAUACGAUGGUUGCAAGGACAAUUGGCUAAAAACCUUAUUGAAACCAUACACAAAUACAGACAUCGACAAUGGAACAUGAUUUUAAACGAAUGUAAAAAUAAGAAAGCUGUCGGUCUAUGGCUUACGCCACAUCGUGGUAUAGAAAUAUGGAACAUUUUUAAUUCUACUAAAAAGAAAAUUUAUACUGACCAAAGAGUUUUGAAACAUUUUCUAAGUAUUGUCACCUUUCUCGCUUGGAGAUUCUACAAUCCUAAAAAGAAUGACUUUACGCCUUGGUCUAAAGUCACAGCUAUUGUCAAAGACCUAAUAGAUAAGGAUGUACUCUACCUUUUAAAAGAAAAUAAAUCUAUAAACAAGACAAUAGAAGAUAUUCCAUGGAAAUGUUCUUUUGUUAAGCCUGAGCUAGAUAAAGCGGAGAAAAAAUUUAAAAUUUGCUUCGAGUGUGCAUUGCCGUUGGAGGAGAAUAAAUUAUUAACCUGUAAUAUAUGUAAAAUGAUAUCGUUUUGUUCGUUAGAAUGCUUAAAAGAAAAUGUAGAAAGAGCCAAUUGCCAUCCCUGUAGCAACGAUUUAAAAUUAAAACAUUUUCCUUCACAAGACUCAUACAUGUAUUGAUUAUGGAAAACACGUCAACGGACUACC